AUGCCUCAUUAUUUUACUCUUCUCAUUUAUGCUUUUGCUAUUAUUUUUGGUUUACUUGAGGAUCGUCACUUGAAUCAAAGUCAUACACCCGAUGAUAGCAAUCCAUCUCUACUAUCGAAUGAUUAUGUCUAUUCCGGAGAAACAACAUAUUAUGAUCCUGGUCUUAGUGUUUGUAGUAUUUCCAGUGGUGAUAAUGAACUCGUUUGUGGUAUUGCUGAUUCCUUCUACGAUACACAAACUAUCAAUGGCGCUCUGAUUAAUAACAAAUUCUAUGAUAGGCAGAUCUCAGUCACAGGUCCUACUGACACGGUUAUUAUCACAAUUGGCAAUCGAUGCAGUAGUUGCAAGGAUGAUGAUCUUGAUUUGAGUCGACCAGCCUUCAAUCAGAUUGGAGAUCCAAUUAAUGGACAUGUUUCCAUUAAUUGGCGUUCCAUUUAA